AUGCCUCCGUCAACAGAGAGUUCUCGUCGAAACUCGGUGGAGGGCUUGAGGUUUGUACUAACAACAAAAAAAGUGAAAGUGACCAACGAAAACAAAGUUGUGUUUAGUGAUGUAUUCAAAUUGGAUUCGUCGGCUCUCAACAAACCACCAGAGGAAGUAUUCGACAUUGUCGGCAAAUUAGGAGAAGGGUUUGUGGCUGACUUUUGAGGCAAGGACACUUGGAAAAUGAGUAAUUCAGGUCGUACGGAAGUGUCCACAAGGCAAUACACCGAGAAUCCGGUCACGUACUUGCUAUCAAGAAGGUUCCGGUUGAUACUGAUCUCCAAGAAAUCAUAAAAGAGAUCAGUAUCAUGCAGCAAUGUAAGAGCAAGUAUGUGGUCAAGUACUAUGGCUCUUACUUCAAGAACUCGGAUCUUUGGGUGAGGAAAACUAGCAUUAAAAUAAAAAAUAAUAAAUGUGAAUGUGGCUGCAGAUAGUGAUGGAGUACUGUGGGGCUGGUUCGGUCUCGGAUAUUAUGCGUGCCAGGCGGAAACCGCUCUCCGAACUGGAAAUUAGCGCAGUACUGCGAGAUACUCUCAAGGGCUUGCAAUAUUUGCACGACCUCAAGAAGAUCCAUAGAGAUAUCAAGGUGAAAAUGUGCAUGGAGGGAAAUGUAUUAACUUUUUUUUCUUCAGGCCGGAAACAUUCUGCUCAACACAGAUGGAAUAGCAAAACUUGCGGAUUUCGGUGUUGCCGGUCAACUGACGGUGAAUCCUAAUUCCCCAUCACUUUGCGUUCAUUCUGCGUAUUUAGGAUACAAUGGCAAAGAGGAACACGGUGAUCGGAACUCCAUUCUGGAUGGCCCCCGAAGUGAUUGAAGAGAUUGGGUACGACACGAAGGCAGACAUUUGGUCACUUGGAAUAACAGCAAUUGAAAUGGCUGAAGGACGUCCACCGUACUCGGAUAUCCAUCCGAUGAGAGCCAUUUUUAUGAUUCCUACCAAACCACCUCCGUCGUUCAAGAAACCAGAGGAGUGGUCGGCUGACUUCAACGAUUUCAUCAAAUGUUGCCUAAUUAAAAAGCCAGACGAACGAAAAACGUCUUUAAAGCUUUGCGAGGUGAGAAUAUUAUUCAAUGCACUAAAUAUUAGUACUUAUUCAGCAUAAAUUCAUUGAAAACGCGCCUGGUUGCGAAGUGUUGGAAGCGAUGAUCCGAGACGCGCAAGAAAAGGCAGCACUGAGCCAAGUUCCAGCGGUAAACUUUAUAAAAUUGAAAUUAACAGAAACAUGCAUGUUCAGAUGGCAAACUUGCAUGAUGCGACAUUAAUGAGUGAAGGAAUGUCGACGAUGAUCGACGGGGGAGACGCUACUCUCGUGCAACACAGAGGUUAGUUUUUCUUUCAGAAUUUCGCAGAAUACAAUGAAAAGAACUAAAUAUACUAUUGUUCAGACAACUACGUGACCGCUCAAAGUCUACGGAGUCAAAUGGAAAGCCUGCGGAUUGGCGGCGAAAUACCCAAAUCUGCUUAUGGUGAGUACCCUUCUCCCGGUAAUCCAGUAUAUCUUCAGAGAGAUAAACUAGGAAGAAAUCGGAUAAUUUUCUAGCCUCACGCAAUGGCGCUUCCCCACGAGUACAACCCCCCGGACAUACUGCCAACGCUUCCGAUCCUAAUCCGAAUUUUGGUCAAGAUCGCGGUACUGGACCGAAUUUCUCGAUUGGAUCAGAUGAGAGUAGUUAUAGAGAGCCAACGUACAAUCCAAGUAAGAAAAUUAAAAAAAAGAACGUACCUUGAUGAAAAGGAGCUUGUUUCAGUGAACACGGAAGCCGAAUACGAGAACAGGUUCCAACGUGCUGUUGUCGAUGGAGAUUUUGACUUUGUGAGUGAUACGGAAGACUUUCAUUGGUGAAAUCUAUUGUUUCAGUUGAGAAACAUCACUUUGGAAGAGUUGAUCAGAAGAAAGGAGAGUCUCGAUUCGGAAAUGGAAGAAGAGAUCCGUGAAUUGCAGAGAAGGUAGCCCACCUCUUAUGAGACAAAUCGAAAAUCGGAAGUUACAGAUACAAAACAAAGCGCCAACCGAUUCUGGACGUGAUUGAAAUCAAAAAACAGCAGUCUUAA